GCAAAGGUUUAUUUUUUGUGUUUUUAGAUAAGAGUUUAGUUUUACAGUUCUCUCUGUUUAAGCAAUGUGAAUUAUUUUUUUGUUGAGAAUAGUAUCCAUUGCAAUAUCCCUAAAUACAAGUGGAUGACUAUUUAGAAAUGCUUCCUGAACAUGAAUCUUUAAGUAACUUUUCUUGAGUAACACAUAGGUAAUUUGAGGCGGGGAAUGCUGGUACUUUGUUUACACUACUAUACUAGUGGAUUGAUUCAAUUUUGCACAAAAACAUUGAUUUCGAGCCUGAAUUUUACCAUCUUAUUCAUAAAAAGUGGAUUUAUUCAUGGACAAAAGAAACAAUAUUUAAAAUGGUACCAGUACAUUUUAUGCUCAAAUAAUAUAUGUAUAAUCUAGAGGAAUUCUAAACUUGCAUAUGGAUGGAUUUGAGGAUUGAUAUAACAAUCAUUUUACAUAUACAACUGGAUACUUUAUUAAACAAACAUCAAAAUGUCUGCUGCUAUGCCAAUAAACCCUAAACCAUUCCUUAACAGUCUUACAGGAAAGGCUAUUUUGGUAAAAUUAAAGUGGGGCCAUGAGUAUAAAGGGUACCUUGUAUCAGUUGAUGGAUAUAUGAAUUUACAAUUAGCGAAUACCGAAGAGUUUAUCGAUGGGAGCGUAACAGGAAACUUAGGAGAAGUACUUAUCAGAUGCAAUAAUAUUUUAUUUGUUAGAGGUGCCGAAGAAGAUGAUGAAGAGGGCGAAAUGAGGGAUUAGUAGUGAAACAUAUUCCAAAUAAUUAAGGUUUUUAGUUUACAUAAGGAACAAUUCAUUCUUGAGUAUAUUUCGUGAAAGUAACUGAACUGUAUUAGUGUGAAUAUUGUGUUAAGGAAUGAGAAAUUAUCGUAUGUAUUUAUGAUAUUAAAUU